AUCGUAAAUCAUGACCAGUCGGUCGCUCGGAGCGCAUCGCGACAAACAGCCUGAAAACCAUUGGAAAACACCGGUCCCGCGAUCGAUCGGCGAGCCGAUCGGCCGAUACCCGAUCUCGCUUCGUCUUCGCCGCCGGUCUUUCUCGGCCACGUUUCUUCGCGUUUCGUUCCUGCAAUCAAAAGUGACGUUCAUCGCGUACGUUUCCUUCGUUCUGUUCGAGUUCUCCCCGACGUGAGACACGCGAUCGUUCGCCAAGUGUUCGACGACGACGACGACUCGAAGAUCGUUUACAGUGGAGGGAACAGCUAUGUGCAGCAACGAGAGUCCACCGCCGGCGAAGGAACCGCUCGCCGUCGGUUUGGGCAAUCCCAUGGCCGGGUUUUUACCCGGUCUCGAACACUAUCGUCUACAAUUGUAUCAUUACGCGAUGGCCGAGAGAUUGAGACUGGCCCAACAAUUGCACCCUCAGCACCCAGGAGUCGGGCAACCGCCCUCGAGCGCUCCAACUCACCUAGGAAUGGGUCCAGGUUUCCCGGCACCGCUGCCACUUUACCCGGCGGCGGCGGCCGCCGCUGGAUAUCCCAGCAGAUUCAUCCAUCCGGCCUUGUCCAUGGCCCUGCUGCACCCUCACCAUCAACGAAUACCAGAAGAACCUAAACCGCAACACAGUUACAUCGGAUUGAUCGCCAUGGCUAUCUUAUCCUCGCCCGAGAAGAAACUGGUGCUGUCGGACAUCUAUCAAUACAUCUUGGAACACUAUCCGUAUUUCCGAACCCGCGGUCCGGGCUGGAGAAACUCGAUCAGGCACAACUUGUCGUUGAACGACUGCUUCGUGAAAUCGGGAAGAAGCGCGAACGGCAAAGGCCACUAUUGGACGAUCCAUCCGAUAAAUCUCGAGGACUUCCGCCGCGGUGAUUUCCGAAGACGCAAAGCGCAGAGGAAAGUUCGGAAAUACAUGGGUUUGGCGGUGGACGAGGAACCGGACAGUCCUAGCCCGCCACCGUUGCCACCCACCCCUCCUCCGGCUUCGAGCCUAGGACCACCGGUGGCUUCUCAGCCGCUUCCCGGUAUUUGGACUCCGCAUCAUCAACAGCAACAGCCGCAGCAGCAGCAACAACAGUUCCAGAGCCAGACGCUGAACAGGCAGUCGUCGUCGUUUCAACCGUCUUCCAGGAAGAGACAGUUCGACGUGGCGUCGCUCCUUGCGCCGGACGAUCAACAGCAUCAGAUCGAGUCCGACAUCAGGUCGGUGAAGACGAGGAGAUUCAGCUGCAGCGAGGACGAAUUGCACGAUCUCCAGGAGCCUGAUCAGGACGAAGAAGAUGUGGACGUGGACGUAGUCGCCGAGACGAACGCAGUACCCUCGCCGAACACGCCGUCGGCAAGCCCAGAUUCCAAGAUCGUCUCUUCGGCCGGCCACUGGACCACCCAACCCGUCCAAGCCACCGGCGCUCAGCAGAUGACCGCGUUGCAUCUUCAGAAUCAUCUUCAAGCGAGGAAUUAUUACGUGCCGGUGACUUCGAGUACCGGGCCCACGGUUUAAUCGUGGCAAUCGAUCGCGUCGUUACUUCUCCUCGUGGACUAUCGGCUGAACGAUAAUUCGGAACGGUUCGACCGAUCGUGACAAUGGAAUGCUGUGAAAAACGCUAUCGAGCAAUCAAGUGACGAGUUCCGAGAUCGGGAUGAAUUCUUUCUUCAUUUUUCGGCUGUCUUUCGUUCGAUAUUCGAUGUUCGAUCGUUGCUAGCUGGUGCUAAACUAGUCGUGCCAAAUCGCGGAGGUUCCUCUCAUUUAUUUUUCUCCGUUUCCGGAGGAUCACCGUUGCGAGAUCGCCUUCGUAUUCUUUGUAAGUUGUCGUACGUUCGUCGGGAGUCGACGCACCGGUGCAAUACGCUUUAGAUAAUUUCGUUCGUUAGCAUAUUUGAAACGGGAGCAACGAAUUCCCCGAUCGACCAAAUCAGGCCCCCGUUCCGACGCGACAGGACGUCGCGUCCGGGACCCUGACCGUUCGUUCGAUUUCCGAGUCCAGUACCAACUCGAACCCAUCAUAUGGCCAGCCGCAACGCGUGUUAGGGAACGAAUCUAUAUGUACUGUAUAAAUAUAGAUGUAUAAGCAUCGUGUACGUGUGUUUAAUCGGAGAUUUCGAGUAGAAUUCCACUGGGGAAUAGACGUCCGACGAUUCGUCGAGGCGAGCGUCGUCGACGUCCGCGCGAACGAGCAACGUAAAUGCUUAAGUAUGUAUAUUUGUAUACUCGUGAUCAAUGCUUAACAUUGAUUCUACUCGUGCCAAUCGUGGAAUUCUAUUCGUGAAGAUAAACGAAUUCUUGUAAAUAGGAGAUGGACGCGAAGGGAGAUUGAUGUAACUCUGUAUUGUCGGUUUCCCGGAAGAGUGACUCUGCGAGGACGGAUUUAUUGGAAUUUUCCCGAUCGCGAGAUCGCUUCUAUUGGCAAACCGAUGAUGCGAGUUUUCGUACGCGCGGGAAAUCCCGCCUGUUCAAAGUGUAAUAUAGGUAGUUAGUUGGAAGGUUCAUCGAUACUCUUGUCUUUAUUAUAAUCCGUAUCGUCGCGAACGGUAUAAACGGUGUACUCUGUGCAAAUUCUUGCUCCUUUGUAUGUACGUAUGCAUGUAUUUAUGUAUGUAUGUAUGUACUUAUAUACAAUAUGUAUGUACGUGCCUACGUAUAACGAUGCAUAGACAGUCGGAUCGUUCGUAAAUCGAAUGGAAAUGGCAAAGUAACACGGUUUUAUAACGAUUACGUCGGUUCGGUCAGCAAUGUGGAUAAAUCUGUCUCUAUCGAUCCUCGGCGCGGAACUGCCGCAUCUCGAUGCAAUUCAAGCUGAAUAAAGAUUCUGCUCCCAUGGAUGGUUA